GCAGCAAUAUCAGUCCUUAUGGGAAUAAUGACAGAUUAUUUUACCCGUUUUCAAACUCAUAUGAUAAGCACCAAUGAGUUUUCCGAAAAAGUAAACUAUUUAGCAUUAGUUUAUGUAUACUUUGCAAUUACCGUUGUCGUUUUUACAUAUAUAUCGGUAGCAACUUGGAAAGGUC